AUGGAACUGUACUCUCCUAUUCUUAAGAACCGUGUACAGGUGAUUCAGCCGCCUAUAGAAUCUACACGCGCCUAUACUCAAAUGUCUAAUCGAGCAUGGAUAGAACGCCAUCACCGCAUUUACGGACAAUCAAGCGGCUUUGGAUGCAUCCUGGAGUUGCUGCUUACACAUUACGUUGCCGUCGCCCAAGCAGCCUCCCGCCUCUUGACCGACUUGACAGACGGUCAAGAGGCCGGGGGCAGGUCGGGUAGUUAUGAGGAGGAAACCAAUCAGGAGGACGUAUCAGCCGUUAUUGGGCGAACCGGUCUUUGGGACUGCUGCAAUGCGUGGGCAAGACUGAUCCGUUGUCCAGCUCCGUCUCUUCGGCUUGACUACAGCUCUGACCAGGCACCCCAUUGUGGCACUGGGUUCGUGAGGCCACGGGGGCUGCAGUAUCCGAGUCCUGGUAUUUGUCUCAACUUGCCCCCAUUGUCACAAACACCGGUCCACACCUUGCCGUCGUUCCUCGGUCGUCACUCCCACCAGUCGGUUGGUCCGUCAAUCCGUCGGUCGGUUGGUCGGUCGGUCUCAGCCUCGCUACCACAUCUAGCAACCCGGAUCGAUCGUGCCAGGUCCUCGUGCUUUCGUGGACCUCAAUACAGCCGAGCAUCCUGUACAUUUUGCCUUUGGCAUCGUGCCCUGGACGCAGCUUCCACUAUGGGCUCCUGGGAUGAAACUUGCGUUGGACUCAUCACCAAUUAUCCUGAGCUCAAUUGCCUCCUAAUCGCUAGUAAUGAUGGUCAAAUUUACGGCACCUCUAACCAAGCCGACUUUCUGGUACCAUGGCGACAAUUGAUGCAGUGA